CCGCUCCGUUGGGUGGUAUUGCAGCGGUGCCGCUGCAUAAGGCAUUCUCGGCUGCAUAUCCGUCCCCCGACUCCCCUCGAGCUCCCCUCACAAUCUUGGUGAGCAAGAUUCUACUAACCUUUGAGCGACUAAAUGGAUUGUCUAUGAGCCGACAUGUUGCGAAUCCAGAUAUGGGGAUUGGCCAAUCCCAACAACCCCCCACGUGGCAUUCUCCUUGUCAAGACCCUUCUUUAUCCCUCGAGGUUGCUGACGCAAGGCUAGCAAGGUGGAUGAUGCCAUGCAGCUUUUCUGCAUGGUGCCGGUCGGCCCCUCUUCGAUGUUAUGCUUGGAUAAAAUAUAAAUCGCAAUCGGCUCCAUGCUGUCCCGGACACGAGUGACGAGUUCUCGCAGUCAACCAUCUUCGCCGUCUGUCGCUUGCCAUGUUCUACCACGUGGGUCUCGGCGCCCUCGUCGCCGCCGCACUCGUCGAGGCAUCCUACGAGAAUAACUUGGCUUACUCCAGUCCCUCAAGGCGGCACCCGAGCUUGGCCGUGCCCCUGGCCCAUGUAUCGAAGCGUCAGACCGGAGAUCUGUUUACUCCGGAUGAGCUCAAUUUCACUCACGGUGUCGCUUCUGGUGACCCCGAAUCCGACUCGGUGAUCCUGUGGACGCGAUUGGCGCCGACGUCUGAGAAUGUCGCUUCCGACCUAGUGCCUAAAGGGGUGGUACCCAUCUACGACGAGCGCGAGGGGGCUCGGCCUUCUUCUAAGGCUGCUUGUGUCGAGUUCAAGAUUGCCACGGAUUCACGUUUCUGCAAGGUGGUUGACCAAGGUCGCGCCUACACCACAAGCGACGUGGACUACACUGUCAAGUUUGAGGCCAACCACCUGAAGCCAUUCACAACCUACUAUUACCAGUUCAAUGUUUGCGGCUCCAAGAAGACCAGCCCGCAGGGGCGGACCAAGACCCUUCCGGCCAAGCAGCAGAAGGUUGACAAGAACGUCAACCUUGCUGUCUACUCGUGCUCAAACUACCCCGUGGGCUACUUCAACGCUUACGGCGGGCCCGUCCGGAAGGACUCGGUCGACUACGUGUUGCACCUAGGCGACUACAUCUACGAGUACAAGAGUACCUCGUCCAUUGGGCGUGUCCCGCAACCGGACCGAGAAAUCUACAGCCUGUAUGACUAUCGUACCCGUAUCGCCACCUACCGCACCGACCCCGACCUUUCGGCCUCACACGCCCGGUUUCCGUGGAUCCCCGUCUGGGACGACCACGAGGUGGCCAACAAUGCGUGGAAGAACGGCACGCAAAACUCGUCGGGCGACGUCUUCCGCAAGCGCAAGCAGGCAGCCGUGCGCGCCUACUUUGAGUGGAUGCCGAUCCGGCAGGUCGAGAUGGACGACAGCCUGCGCAUCUGGCGGAGCUUCUCAGUCGGUACCCUGUUCGACCUGAUGAUGCUCGAUACGCGGCAGUACGACCGCGACCUAACGGUUCUGAGCGGCAAUGUGGCCGAGGUCGAGAAGCUCGUCGACCUGCAGAACCGGACCGUCAUGGGCUUCAAGCAGGAGGCGUGGUUCUACGACCAGCUGAAGCGCUCGUCGCGGCGGGGCGCUGCCUGGAGGGUCGUGGGCAACCAAAUCGUCUUCAGCAGGAUGGCGGUGGGAACUCUUUUCAGUUCGCCGUACAACUACGACCAGUGGGACGGCUAUCUGGCCAACCGCGACAGGGUCUACCAGACCCUGGUGGAUAACAGCAUCAACAACACCAUCAUGCUGGCCGGCGACUCGCACGCCUCGUGGGUGUCGGACCUGGCGUGGCUGGGCAAGAAGGACUAUGACGAGAAGACGGGCGCCGGCGCGUUUGGCGUCGAGCUUGCGGGGACGGCUGUGUCGAGCAACAGCCCGGCCGGGGCAAACAUCACGCCUUCGGCCGCCAAUAAUGCCUCGCAGGUGCUGAUCAGCCAGAACCCGGAGCUGCAGUGGCAGGAUCUGUACUACCGGGGUUACUUUGAGAUGAGCAUUGGGUACGACGCCAUCACGGCAAAGUACUUUGGCACCCCUGACCGCCGCGUGCGGAGCAGCGACGAGAUUUUGCUGGCGCAGUUUUUGAUUAAGAAUGGUGAGAAUCGACUGGCUCGGAACCCGACGGUCGGCGGUGGACAGGCGAAGAGUGGUGCGUUAAAGAACGGGGUGGUGUCUCCGUGAAGCUAGGUGGGUAGGUAUCUUACUGGGCACUACUACUUGAAAGGACUGUGAAUUCUAGGAACCAGUUCAAUUGUUAUGCAAUUGUUCCUGUCAUAUGACAACUAAUUUAAAGGGACCGAACAUGGCAAUGUUGAAUUGCCCU